AUGGAGCUCAGUCAGGCUGUCGAGUGGAGCCGUGAGGAGAAUUUGGAUGUGUCUCAUGCUAUUUUGCUUAGCAAAGUGCCACUGAAUGUCGGAAAUGAUAUUGUGAGCCGUGUACUUGAUACAGUCACAGUUUUGGGUCACACUUGGAUACGUGGUUGCCGUAGUGACAAGACUGGUAGGCACAUGUUCAUUCUAGUGGAGACUUCUGCUGCUUUAGAACCCGUUUCUUUACCCCCUGAGAUGGGAAUUAUAGGUGAAGCGGGUCCCUGGUCUGUUCAUGCUCUGAGUAGUUUGCCGUAUGUUAACCCUGUCCCUGAAGGGGAUGCAUUUGAGGUCAAGCUGUUGGCAUUGUUACAGCAGGAGGGUAAGUCAAUGGGUGAUGUUAAGGCUGUUGUCAUGGGCACCCAGCAUCCUACACCUGAUGUCAGCACGGAUUUAGUCAAUGCCAUAAGCAAGCUGGUGGACCGCUGUAAUCAGGCCCCAUCUGAUGCACCUAGUUAUAGGAAGCUGAGGUUGUUUUCAGGUUUGCGACCUGUUCCCCCUGGUGAGGAGGAAUAUGAUUCCUGGAUGGAACAGGCUACUCAGAUGAGCACUGAAUGGCAGUGUGCAGAUGCUGCAAAGAGGCAACGCAUUGUUGAAAGCUUGCGUGGGCCUGCUGGGGACAUCGUGAGGUUUUUGAAGGUCAGUAAUCCCUCUUCCACGGCUACUGAGUAUUUAACUGCUCUUGACACUGUGUAUGGGUCCACUGAGAGUGGGGCAGAUCUUAUGGCAUCGUUUCGCCAUACAUUCCAGGAAGAUGGAGAGAGACUGUCUGCUUACCUCUGUCGCUUGGAUAAACUCCUCCACCGUGUUCUUGUGAGAGGAGGGAUUGGUCCUGCAGACUUGAAUCAUGCACGCAUGGAGCAGCUCUUUAAGGGUGCCCUUACCACUGACUUGGUGGCUUUAUGUGUGCGAAUGAUGCAUACUUUGCAAGAUCCACCUACUUUCUCUCAGCUGAUGCGGGAAAUCCGAGAAGAGGAGCAUUGGGUGGCUGUGAAUCCGGCGGCAUCUGAGGUGGAUAGUUUAAGGAAUGAAGUCAAGGAGCUGACAGCUUUAGUGAGUAGGGUUUUGAGUGCUGCUACCCUGACUCCUGAAAUGCCAGCCCCACAGACUGCACUGGUUUCCUCGAGGGUUGAUUCCUCGACCUUUCCCACGUCUGCUGCUUCAUCUGUUUUGCCUGGCAUCUUUUGCUAUAAGUGUGGGGAGGAUGGUCACACCCCAAGCGAGAGUGUACGCGUUCUGAGAACCUCAGACUGGUGA